CCAAGCGCUGAACAGACUGCAUAAUCGAUAACAAAUCCAUCGAUCCGGCUACCCAUGCUUUAUUUUCAUAAUGGAGAAGCCUGUGGGUUCUUUACAAGAGCAAGCUUUAAAAAGAAAAGAAAGAUUAAAAGCUCUACGAGACCGGCAACUUCAAGGACAGGCAUCUGAGGAUGGAGAGCCUGAGAGAAAAAGAGCUCUGGAAGGCUCUGAGGCGGAGGACAGACACAGAGAGCUGAAGCUGAGGAAUUACACGCCGGAGGACGAGGAGCUGAAGGAGCGACAGGUGCCCAAAGCAAAACCUGCAUCAGUGGAGGACAAGGUCAAGGACCAGCUGGAAGCUGCAAACCCAGAGCCUGUGAUUGAGGAAGUGGAUCUGGCCAAUCUUGCCCCCAGAAAACCAGACUGGGAUCUAAAGAGGGACGUUGCCAAGAAGCUUGAGAAAUUAGAGAGGCGAACACAGAAAGCCAUUGCUGAACUUAUACGUGACCGGCUCAAGGGAAGUGAGGAAGAGCUGGCUGGAGCGGUCGGAGCGGUCGGCGUGCAAGAGGGAGACUCGGAUUAAAUCUGUUGAGAACAACGUUCAUGCACAACAGAUUUUCUAGAGGUUUCCGGCACAAAUCCUCAUUACAUUUUUUUUGAGUUCACACACAUCCAAAUCAGGUGUUUAGAAGUGUGAGUGUCUGUGUGAGAGAGAGUGAGAUACAGAAAGGAAGAAUGAGUGGAAUACAGGUGUUUUUGUGUUUUUGUGUGGAGUACACAAAGACGACUUUCUACUUUUUUUAUUUUGUUGUUUUGUAUAAGUAAACAGUUCUUUCUUUUCUAAAUGGA